AUGGCUGUGUACCGGGCAACCACAAAUCCCCAUGGGGAGGGAGCAAAACCUGACCUUUAUUGCUCUUCGCACCUUUUUCUCCAGCAUCACUUGCAGCAACUUCCUCCUUCUCUUUCUUCACGAAUUCAAAGAACUCGGCAACUUGACGAGCAUACCUUCACACAGCCAAUGAACCCCGUGAUUUCCACUCUGGAAAGGGAAAAGCCAGCUUUCGUGUUUUUCGUGCAAAUCGUGCAAAUAGUCGAGAGAGACCCCACCCUCCUCAGCUCUCUUACGCAACAUCAUGCGCUUGUGGCAAGUGUCGGGGCUUGCUCUGAGGUAGAUAAAGCCAUCAGGAAUAAGACCAGGCAAGCUCGAGACAACCGGGUCAAACCACGAAUCGUAUAUGCUGAUCUCCAUUUCAUUCAUCCACUUUGCCUCGUGAACAGCUCUCACAAAGACCUUUUAAGCAAGAAUUUAUUAACAAAGCUGAAGAAGCUAAAUACUUACCAUCCUAUCACUGAAAACACUUCUCUCCAUCAGCCUGAGGGGCUUAACCCCACCAGAUGA